CACUCAUCACAAGUCACGCCCACAACCACACCUAAACCCACGCCACUCUCUCCCCUAAUAUAAAUACCCCUCUCCCAUUUUCAAUCCUCUUCUCUCUCAUUUCUCACCACACUUCUCGCCGAGAAAGAAAGACAGACUUCAAACAAGAAGCUUCUCUUUCUUUCUCCUCUUCGAUCCAUUUUCUCUCUACUCUCACGUUUAGCAAAAGAUGGCAGAUGCUGAGGAUAUUCAACCCCUUGUUUGUGACAAUGGAACUGGAAUGGUGAAGGCUGGAUUUGCUGGUGAUGAUGCUCCUAGGGCUGUGUUUCCAAGUAUUGUUGGCCGACCUCGUCAUACCGGUGUCAUGGUUGGUAUGGGCCAAAAGGAUGCCUAUGUUGGUGACGAAGCCCAAUCAAAAAGAGGUAUUCUUACUCUCAAGUACCCCAUUGAGCACGGUAUUGUCAGUAACUGGGAUGACAUGGAGAAGAUCUGGCAUCACACAUUUUACAAUGAAUUGCGUGUUGCUCCCGAGGAGCACCCAGUACUUCUAACUGAGGCUCCACUUAAUCCAAAGGCCAACAGAGAAAAGAUGACCCAAAUCAUGUUCGAGACCUUCAAUGUGCCUGCCAUGUAUGUGGCCAUCCAGGCUGUCCUCUCCCUCUAUGCAAGUGGUCGUACAACUGGUAUUGUGUUGGAUUCUGGUGACGGUGUGAGUCACACUGUGCCAAUCUAUGAGGGUUAUGCACUCCCACAUGCCAUCCUUCGUUUGGAUCUUGCUGGUCGUGAUCUAACUGAUUCUUUGAUGAAGAUCCUCACUGAGAGAGGGUACAUGUUCACCACCUCAGCCGAGCGGGAAAUUGUCCGUGACAUAAAGGAGAAGCUUGCAUAUGUUGCCUUGGAUUAUGAACAAGAACUUGAGACUGCAAAGAGCAGUUCUUCAAUUGAGAAAAACUAUGAACUUCCUGAUGGACAAGUUAUCACAAUUGGAGCUGAGAGGUUCCGUUGCCCAGAAGUCCUUUUCCAACCAUCAAUGAUCGGAAUGGAAGCUGCUGGAAUUCACGAGACCACCUACAACUCUAUCAUGAAGUGUGAUGUGGAUAUCAGAAAGGAUCUGUACGGCAACAUUGUUCUUAGUGGUGGUUCAACUAUGUUCCCUGGUAUUGCUGACCGUAUGAGCAAGGAGAUCACUGCCCUGGCUCCUAGCAGCAUGAAGAUUAAGGUUGUGGCUCCACCAGAGAGAAAGUACAGUGUCUGGAUUGGAGGAUCAAUCCUUGCUUCUCUCAGUACUUUCCAGCAGAUGUGGAUAUCCAAGGGUGAAUAUGAUGAGUCUGGUCCAUCCAUUGUCCACAGGAAGUGCUUCUAAGUCCAAAAUGAUGCGAUAAUGGUAAGUUAUUUUUGCUGUGGUUGCUUUUUUGGUGUCUCUGUCAUGUUAUGGAACUAUGUUGACAUGGAUAAGAGGUGAGAUCCGAGGGUAUAAUCUGAGAUUGAUUUAUCAAAUGUUCUGUGGCAGCCCACUGGAUGUCUGUAGGUUGGUUGCUUGUAGUAAGGAGUGAUUGUGAUGCUUAUUUUGAUUUUUAUUUCCUUUUGCCCUUUUUUCAGAUUUUACAUUUGAAGGUUUUUUUUCCCCUUUUGGAACGUCAUGUUUAUGUCUAUAGCUUGUAUCGAGAUAUUUUACGGUAUCUUCAAUUUGCGCUGCUACUUAAUUCUCAAUUGAGUUUAUACAUGAA